UGUGUGCAAAGAGCCUGGAAUAUUGCCUGAACCAGGGUGUCGUGCCGAUUCAAGAAAAAUCGAUCGAUCCGUAAACAACAAUUAUAUCCAGCGUUGGUUUUAUUUUGAUUUUUUGACGGGAUAUCGCCCAAUGGACUGCUUGACCUCAUUUGGAAAUGACCCCUUCGACAAACCACCAUGCAGAGGCUGCUCAUCCUAUCUAACAGAGCCUUACAUCAAGUGUGCUGAAUGUGGACCUUCUCCUUUCCUACUCUGCCUCCAGUGUUUUACCAGAGGAUUUGAAUACAAGAAACAUCAGAGUGAUCACAAGUAUGAGAUUAUGACGUCAGAUUUCCCGGUUCUGGAACCCGGGUGGACGGCACAGGAGGAGAUGGCACUACUGGAGGCCGUGAUGGACUGUGGCUUUGGCAACUGGCAGGAUGUUGCCUAUCAAAUGCGCAGCAAAAGCAAAGAGGAGUGCGAGAGUCACUACAUGAAGAAUUUCAUCAACAACCCGCUGUUUUCGUCCACGCUGCUCAGCUUGCGCAAAACUAAAGAUGCUCACUUUGCAGACGACGCCAUUCCUUUUAAACCAACUGAUGAACCCCCUCGGCCCACCUUUGACUCGGUGUUGUCACGAGACAUGGCGGGGUACAUGCCUGCUCGGGCAGACUUCAUGGAGGAGUUCGACAACUACGCAGAAUGGGAUCUCAAGGACAUUGAUUUUGUGGACGAUGACUCGGACAUCCUACGAGCACUCAAGCUGGCAGUGGUUGAUAUAUACCAUUCAAGAUUAAAAGAGCGUCAACGCAGGAAGAAGAUUAUUCGAGACCAUGGCCUGAUUAACAUGCGCAAAUUCCGGGUACUGGAGGGUUGCUACCCAAAGGAGGUGCAGGAGCUCUAUGACGUCAUGAGACGAUUUGCUCGAAUCACUGGACCUGUUGAACACGACAAGUUCAUUGAGAGUCACGCAUUGGAGUUUGAGCUUAGGCGGGAGAUUCGCAGGCUGCAGGAGUACAGGAAGGCUGGGAUAAAGUCUUUCUGCAGCGCCAAGGUGUACGAGCGGGCGAAGCGGAUGCGUGAAGACGAGCGCAGGAAGAGGACCAUGUUGUGUGACGUGCUGCAGUACAUCCAGGACGGCAGAGCGUGCCAGCAGUGGCUCAGCAAACAGGCCUCCAUAGAUGCAGGCAUCACACCGGCUGUCACAACAAUCACAACAUCAGUAACAGGCAGACGGAGCGCCCCUCCCCUCAACCUGACUGGGCUGCCCGGGACAGAGAAGCUCAACGAACGAGAGAAAGAGUUGUGUCAGGUGGUACGCUUAGUGCCGGGCGCCUACCUGGACUACAAGCAGGCGCUGUUCAACGAGUGUCGGCGUCAGGGUGGUCUGCGUCUGGCUCAGGCCCGAGCGCUUAUCAAGAUCGACGUCAACAAGACGCGCAAAAUCUACGACUUCCUGAUCAAGGAGGGCUACAUCACCAAAGCAUAGGAGCCCACUUGUAUGUGUGUGUGUGUGUACGUGUAUCUUUGCUCUCAAUGUGUGUAUUAAAGUGAUUUGUUUCCAAUACAA